AAAGAAGGGUAAGGAGUGCUUGACGUUCACCCGGAAAGAUUUUCAGAAAAAUCAAUUUUCUACAAUGGAGGAAACGGGCAGUGGCCACAGAACCGUUUGUGUUACAGGUGGUGCAGGUUAUCUUGGCUCCUCGUUGGUCAAGAAGCUCUUAGAGAAAGGUCACACCGUCCAUGCAACUCUCAGGAAUCUGGAUGACCAAUCAAAAGUAGAUCUUCUGAAGAACUUCCCAGAAGCAAAUACCAACUUACGGUUGUUCAAGGCUGAUAUCUAUAAUCCAGAUGAGUUCGAUACUGCCAUCCAGGGCUGCGAUUUCGUCUUCCAUGUGGCCACUCCCGUACCAAACAGUACACAGAUAAGCUCUCAAUGCAAGAACAUGACUGAAGCAGCGGUAGCAGCAGUGGAGAGCAUAGUAAAGUCCUGCAUAAGAUCAGGAACAGUGAAGCGACUUAUAUAUACAGGCUCUGUGGUUGCUACAUCACCAUUGAAAGAGGAUAGAUCUGGUUUCAAGGACUCUAUGGAUGAGUCUUGUUGGACACCUCUUAAUCUUCAAAUUAAUUAUAACGAUUCCGAGUCUCUGAAGGAUUAUGUCAAAUCGAAAACAUUAUCAGAGAAAAAGUUAUUGAACUAUGAAUGUAAAGAGAAUAAGCUGGAAUUUGUGAGCUUGGUCUGUGGCCUCGUGGGAGGAGAUACUGUUUUACCUUACAUACCUACAAGCUUUGCAAUGCUUAUGUCCCAACCGUUGAAUGAUCCAAUUAGUUAUGGAACCCUAGAAUUUUUACAAGAGUUGUUGGGUAAGGUUCCUAUUGUUCACAUUGAUGAUGUAUGCGAAGCCCAUGUCUUCUGUAUGGAUCAAAGGUCAUUGCAGGGAAGAUUUUUAUUUACAAGUGACUUCCUAACUACAAAGGAGAUUGCAGAUUACUUCUGUCGAUAUCAUCCGGAAAUUAGCAUUGCAGAAGCGUUUCUUGGACGGCAUGUUAGUGGUGUGUGUUGGGGUUCAAAGAAGCUGAAUGAUAUUGGAUUCAAGCCUAGCUAUGAUGCUAAGUUUAUUUUAGAUGACAGUGUACAAUGUUUGAGAAAAAAGGGUGCUUUGAUAUGAAGUGUUUGAUGGCUACUUGCCCUUUGAAUUCUAUUUCCCUAGAUACCAUCCGUGGUUUGCAA